UGCUCGCACUUUUCAAACACGGCGCUGUUUCUUGCCUUGUUUGAUUCGCGUUUUAUCAGUUCAUAACUCUGUGUAGAUUAAACACUCGAAAUUCGGACGCAUUCUGUGGACGUUUCCCCGUGGUGAAGCGGGUCAUGCAGUCCUGGCGAAGGUAAUGAGCCGCAAAGCCCUCGGGUCUCGGCUUAGCAGCGCCCAUAAACUGCACCGGAACUGGAAUGACUGGCAGCCCAGAAGCGACAGCACGUCAGCCAGCCAGGAAGGUGUGAAGUGCAGCGUCUCCAGAGACCACGGUUCAGCAGCUGUUUACGAGCCUGCGCACUCCGAGCAGCCGGGAACGCCAACGCCGCCGCCGCACCAUGACGCCUACAGCGCUCACGGCUCGCUGGAAGAAGCAGGUGUGUAUGACGCUGAUGGAGGCCACGGUGAAAAUACAUUUGGUUGGAAGUCGCUGGGGCAAGAGUUGAGGAUCAAUGAUGUGACGGCGGAUUUACCCAGUUUUCAGCAUGGACACCGUGCUUUAGCUGCAAAGGACAUGAGGAAAUCACAGGACCGACCGCAGGCUCAUUCUGAUGAGUCUCGGCUCGCCAAUCUUCUGCGGAGGGUGUCGCGGGAGGACGACCGGGACCGCAGGCUGGCUACCUUGAAACAAAUGAGGGAACUUAUCAUCCACUCGGAAAACAAGGUGGUCCUGGUUAAACAGUUGGAUACCAUUCUGAGCACCCUGAAUGACAUUUUGAAUGAAAGCAGUAAACUCCUCCAUGAGCUGCGACAGGAAGCGGCCUGCUGCCUGGGUUUGCUCUGCGCUGCCCUCAGCUACGAAGCCGAGAAGAUCUUCAAGUGGAUGUUUGUGAAGUUCAGCAGCUGCAGCAAGGACGAGGUGAAGCUGCUCUACCUGGUGGCCGUGUACAAGGCUCUGGAGACGGCAGGGGAGAAGAAAGCGUUCUCGCCCGUCAUGCAGCUGGUGAUGAGCAGCCUCCAGUCCAUCCUGGAGAACCUGGACACCCCGGAGCUGCUGUGUCAGAGCGUGAGGUGCAUCCUGCUGGUGGCUCGCUGCUACCCGCACAUCUUCAGUACCAACUUCAGAGACACAGUGGACAUCCUGGUGGGGUGGCACAUCGAUCACACACAGAAACAGUCUCUCACUCUGCAGGUGUCGGGCUGGUUACAGAGUCUGGAACAGUUCUGGGUGGCUGAUUUGGCCUUUUCCACUACGCUGUUGGGUCAGUUUCUGGAAGACAUGGAAGCGUACGCAGAGGACCUGAGCCACGUGGUGUCGGGAGAGGUCGUAGACGAGGACGUCCCCCCGCCCGCCGUGUCUCUGCCGAAGCUGGCGGCUCUGCUGCGAGUCUUCAGCACGGUGGUGCGCAGCAUCGGAGAGCGCUUCAACCCCAUCCGGGGUCCGCCCAUCACGGAGGCGUACGUCACUGACGUGUUGAACCGUGUGUUAGCGUGCAUCACCGCGGCUAAGCAGGUUUUCUUCUCGGAGGCCGUGCUGACGGCGGGGAACGAGUGUGUGUGUGUCCUGCUGACCAGCAUGGACUCGAGCAGCCAGCUAACCGGAGCGGUGAUUUCUUACGGCCUGGACCAGCUGGAGAGCUGCCAGUCGUGUAGCGCCGAGUACAGCAUGGGCGUCCUGAACCUGCUCACGCUGAUUGUCGAGCAGAUAAACACCAAGCUGCCUGCUACGUUUGUGGAGAAGCUUCUGGGUCCAGGCUCCCAGCUUCUGGAGCUGCGUUUCCACAGAGAGCGAGAGGUGAUGGUGGCGGCGCACAGCGUGUACCAGGCGGUGCUGAGCCUGAAGAACAUCCCCAUCCUGGAGGCGGCAUAUAAGCUGGUGCUGGGGGAAAUGGGCUGCGCUGUGAACAGCCUGCUGGCGCCGCUGGGGCUCCCGCCGGCGUGUCCCAACAUCCAGCACGCGGCGUUCGGCCACCUGAAGCUCCGCCCCGACCGAGCCGAGUUCAUCCUCAUCUUCAACCUCAGCACGCUCACCACCAUCGGCAACACCAAGAACUCCCUGAUCGGGAUGUGGGCUCUGUCUCCCACCGUGUUUGCUCUCCUCAGCCAGAAUUUGGUGUUGGUUCACAACGAGCUGGCCGUGCAUCACCCUGCGGUCCAGUACUCCGUCCUCUACACACUGUACUCACACUGCACCAGACACGACCACUUCAUCUCCAGCAGCCUCAGCUCCUCAAGCCCCUCGCUCUUCGAUGGGGCGGUCAUCAGCACGGUUACCACGGCAACCAAGAAGCAUUUCAGCACGCUUCUCAGUCUGUUAGGGAUGCUGCUGAGCAAGGAGCACCUAAACUCCGAGGCCAGGAAGCUGCUUCUCACCUGGUCACUGGAAGUGUGUCUGAUGAUGAAGAAAUCUGAAACCUACUCCCCGCUUUUCUCAUUACCCUCCUUUCACAGAUUCUGUAAAGGACUUCUCGCAAACGCGCUGAACGAAGACUCCACCGUGUGUCUCCAGACCUGCAGCAGUCUACAGGUUCUGUCCUCGUCCCUCCCCAUGGAGCUCCUGCAGAGAUGUGUGGACGUGUGCCGGGUGCAGCUGGUUCACUCGACCGUACGAGUCAGACAGGCCUUCGGGAAACUGCUGAGAUCCAUCCCGCUGCACGUGGCGCUGAGCAGUAACCGCAGCUCCUCAGAGAUUCACGAGAUCUCCCUCGCCAUCCGGCGGCACAUGAGCAAAGCGCCGAGCAACACCUUCCACCCGCAGGACUUCUCCGACCUCAUCAGCUUCAUCCUGUAUGGAACAGUCCACCGUGGGGGGAAGGAGCCGUGGUUAGAGAGGUUGUACCACAGCUGUCAGAGGUCUGAGAAGCGCGAGUGUGCCGUGGUGCCGCGCUCCCUGCUGAAGACGGAGGCGGUGCUGUGGCAGUGGGCCGUGUGGGAAGCGGCUCAAUUCACCGUCCUCUCCAAGCUGCGCACUCCUCUGGGACGAGCCCAGGACACGUUCCAAACCAUCGAAGGGAUGAUCCGCAGUCUGGCGGCUCACAGUCUGAACAGCGAACAGGAGCUGAGUCAGUGGAGUGGAGGAGAGAGCGAUGAAGGUCACCACACCAACCAGCUCCGCCUCGCUCUGCUGCUGCAGUUCCUCGAGAACCUCGAGAAGCUCAUGUACAACGCUUAUGAAGGCUGCGCCAACGCCCUCACCGCCCCGCCCAAGGGCAUCAGGACCUUCUUCUACACCAACCGUCAGACGUGUCAGGAUUGGCUGACGAGGAUCCGCCUGGCUCUGAUGAGGGUGGGGCUCAUGUCCGGCCAGCCGGCGGUCACCAUCCGUCACGGCUUCGACCUGCUCACCGAGAUCAAGAACAGCAGUGCGCAGGGUCCUGAGAUGGAGGUUCCCAUCACCAUGUUGGUGGAGGCUCUGUGUGAGCUGCGCUGUCCUGAAGCCAUCCAGGGUCUGGCAGCGUGGAGCUUGGCCCACAUGGGGAAGAGCGUGGCGUGGGUCGGCUCUGUAGCUCUGCAGGCCGAGGGGAAGUUUGAGAAAGCGGCUCUGGAAUAUCAGGAGCAGCUGUGCGCCGUCACGGGGGUCGACUGCUCCAUCAAAGGCUUCGACAGAUCCUUACUGAAGCUCACCAACUCGCCCACAGGCAACAACUCCAGUCCGAAACAUACAGGAAACGGAGACAUUAAGAAGACGGUGCUGUUGAAGUCCAGCGAGUGUUCCUCCGAGGUCCUGAACUUCCUGGCCAAUAAGGCGUGCGAGUGUUACGUGGCUCUGAGCGACUGGGCGUCGGUGCAGGAGUGGCAGGCCAGCAUGAUGGCGCUGAAGAAGAACAGCAACAGCUCGGCAACCGUCAACCUCAAGACCGACUUCAACUACGUCAAAGCUCUGAGCAGGUUUGAGGACGGAGAUUUCCCAGAGUGCCGUGCGCAGUUGGAGCUGCUUCCUGGAGAAGAUUACGGCCUCCUCAACUCCAGCACGAAGGACAAACUAGACCUGAAGCGGCUCCUUCCUGCCGUACUCAGUCCUGAUCCAUCAGAGCUGCAGAAGGCCAUCGAGGUUCAGCUGCUGAGGAGCGCUGUAGGAGCCAUCACAUCAGCCAAUCACGAGCAGGACCAGAAAGUUCUACCUUCAUCAGACACCCUGGUGAAGUACCUGAAGCAGACGGGCCGGAUCGCUCUGGGACCUCUGCGUCUGUCCACGCUCACCCUGUGUGACUCGCUGCCCACCCUCGGAACCCUGCAGCUCCACUGCACCAGCUCUUUGGAGACCUCGCUGUGCAGCCAGCACCCCUCUGAGGAAUGUCUGAUCCCGCUGUACAGCGACGCUCUGAGCACGUGUAAGCAGCAGGACGUUCAGCCGUGGCUCCACGCGCUCAGAUACAGCACGUUUCAGAGGCAGCUCUUCCUGAAGCUCAGAGGCUCGUCAGGUCCUGUGGACUCUCACCUGGUGGAGCUGUGUCUGACGGCGGUGAAGUUUGCUCGUAAGCAGGGGAACAUCGCGCUGGCCACGCGCCUCCUUGCUCAGUGCAGCAAACCGUCCGCCGACGACCCGGAGACCCCGGACCUGGUACAGAGCUUCAGGCAGCUGUCCCUAGAGGGCGCCGUGGCUGAGAAAUGGGGACCUGAGCUGAAGAUCGAAAGGGCUAAAGUGCUGUUUACUGCAGGUCAGUCCGUGGCUGCCAUGGAGAUGUUGAGCUCGUGUGCGCUGUCGUACUGCCGCUCGGGGAAGUGCGAGCGCGCCGCCUGCCGCUCCAUCCUCACGCUGUGCAAGUGGCUGCUGGCCGACUGGAAGGACCUGACGCCUCAGCUCAAACAGGUGGUGAAGAGAAACAGCAGCGGCUCGCCUUCAGCCCUCAGCAAGAACAUCGCCGCCCUGCUGGAGCUCCCCGUGGAGGAGCAGGGUAUACUGCGCAUCACCACGGAGACCACAGUGAGCGUAGGAGUCGGAGAAGCGGACUUUGUCCUGGGCCAGCUGUACCAGCUCUCUGCGAGCCAGGCGCCUGAAGUGGCCAAAUCCUGGGCUGCUUUAGCGAGCUGGGCUUACAGAUGGGGCCGGAAGGUCGUCGACAACGCAAGUCAAGGAGAAGGGGUUCCUCUGCUGCCAGGAGAGAAGAAGGAGAUCGAGGAGUUACUGCCGUCUGGCACCAGCGACGAGGACAAGGAGACGAUUUUCAGCAUCCUGGGCCAGGCCAUGUGUCGACCAGCUGGAAUUCAGGAUGAGGACAUGGCUCUGCAGAACGAAGAGGACGAUGAGGACGACAUGGUGGAUGUGAUCUGGAGGCAGCUGUUGAGCUCGUGCCCGUGGCUGGCGGAGGUGGAGGACGGCGUGACGGAGGGGCUGAUCCGGGUGUGGAGGACGGUGGUGGACCGCAUCUUCAGCCUCUACCGCGUCUCCUGCAGGGCUUAUUUCACCUUCCUCAAGCUCAACGCCGGACAGACGCCCAUCGACGAGGACGACCCCAAACUUCUGCUGCACCCUCAGGGCAGUAAGCAGAGCAGCGAUGACGUGAUCGUGAUGGCGACGCUGCGCCUGCUGCGCCUGCUAGUGAAGCACGCCGGAGAGCUGAGGGAGGGGCUGGAGCUCGGCCUGGCCUCCACGCCCACCGCGCCCUGGAGAGGCAUCAUCCCACAGCUGUUCUCCAGACUGAACCACCCCGAGGCCUACAUCCGCCAGAGCAUCUGCAGCCUGCUGUGUCGCGUAGCCCGGGACUCGCCACACCUCAUCCUCUACCCCGCCAUCGUCGGCUCCAUCUCACUCGGGGGAGAGGCUCAGACCGCCGCAGGUACGAAGCUGCCCUCGGCUCUGCCCACUCUGUUGGGGAACAUGCCGGGCGAGGCUCUGUGUGUGGGCGAGAGCGAGGCCGGGAGUCCCCCUGCGUCUCAGGACAGCGGCCGAGGAGACGAGCUCGGUCUUUGUUCUAUCGAGGACCAGGCCAUGAUGCAGGACUGCUACAGCAAGAUCGUGGACACGCUCUCCGCAGCUAACCCCACCAUGGUCCAGCAGGUGCAGAUGCUGGUCGGGGAGCUGCGCAGGGUCACGGUGCUGUGGGACGAGUUGUGGUUGGGCGUCCUGCAGCAGCAGCACAUGCACGUCCUGCGCAGGAUCCAGCAGCUCGAGGACGAAGUCAAGAGAGUCCAGAACAACAACACGCUGCGCAAGGAGGAGAAGGUGGCCAUCAUGAGGGAGAAACACUCGGCCCUGAUGCGGCCCGUAGUCUUCGCUCUGGAUCACGUGCGCAGCAUCACUGCCGCCGCCGCAGAGACGCCUCACGAGACGUGGUUCCAGGAGACGUACGGAGACGCCAUUCACAACGCUCUGGAGCGACUGAGGAACCCGCAGAACCCGGCCAACCCUGCUAACAGCUGGGUUCCGUUCAAACAGAUCAUGUUGAGUCUGCAGCAGCGAGCUCAGAAGCGAGCGAGUUAUCUGCUGCGUCUGGAGGAGAUCAGUCCUCGCCUGGGCUCCAUGACGCACACGGAGAUGGCUCUUCCAGGAGAGGUUUCUGCCACCGACGCCGUCACCAUCCACAACGUCGGCGGCACCAUCACCAUCCUGCCCACCAAGACCAAGCCCAAAAAACUCUACUUCCUCGGCUCUGACGGCAAAAACUACCCGUACCUCUUCAAAGGUUUGGAGGAUUUGCAUUUAGACGAGAGGAUCAUGCAGUUCUUGUCCAUCGUUAACACCAUGUUCACUAAAGUAAACCAGCAGGAGAGUCCACGCUUCCACGCCCGUCACUACUCGGUCACGCCCCUCGGCACUCGCUCGGGUCUCAUCCAGUGGGUGGACGGAGCCACGCCUCUGUUCGGCCUCUACAAACGCUGGCAGCAGCGUGAGGCUGUGCUCCAGGCUCAGAAGGCUCAGGACUCGUUCCAGCAGCCGCAGAACCUGCCCAUGGUUCCGCGCCCCAGCGAGCUCUACUACAGUAAGAUCGGGCCGGCUCUGAAGGCGGUGGGACUCAGCCUGGACGUGUCGCGCCGUGAUUGGCCGCUCAGCGUCAUGAGGGACGUCCUGCGGGAGCUGAUGGAGGCCACGCCCCCUAACCUGCUGGCCAAGGAGCUGUGGUGCUCGUGUACCACGCCCAGCGAGUGGUGGAGGGUCACGCAGUCGUACGCCAGGUCCACUGCUGUGAUGUCAAUGGUGGGUUACAUCAUCGGUUUAGGAGACCGUCACCUGGACAACGUGCUGAUCGACAUGACGACCGGCGAGGUGGUGCACAUCGACUACAACGUCUGCUUCGAGAAAGGGAAAAGUCUGAGGGUUCCGGAAAAGGUUCCUUUCCGUAUGACGCACAACAUCGAGACAGCGUUAGGAGUCACGGGAGUGGAAGGAAUCUUCAGACUCUCCUGCGAACAGGUGAUUCAGAUGAUGCGUCGGGGCAGAGAGACCCUCCUGACCCUGCUGGAGGCGUUUGUGUACGACCCCCUGGUGGACUGGACGGCGGGCGGAGAGGUGGGCUUCGCCGGCGCCGUGUACGGAGGAGGAGGACAGCAGGCCGAGAACAAGCAAAGCAAGAGGGAGAUGGAGAGGGACAUCACGCGCAGCCUGUUCUCCUCACGCGUAGCCGAGAUCAAGGUGAACUGGUUUAAGAACCGUGACGAGAUGCAGGCGGUGCUGCCGCAGGUGGAGAUGGCCGUGGAGGAGUACCUGAGUCUGCAGGAGCAGCUCGCUCAGGUGGACAAGGCGCAGGGCAAGCUGCUGGAGGAGAUGGAGUUCCUGGAGGGAGCGGACAGCAGAGUGGACCACCCCAUCCACACGCUGGAGCACAGAUACUCGGAGCACACGCAGCUGCAGUCGAGGCAGAGGACCGUACAGGAUGCCAUCCAGAGCAAGCUGUCGGAUCUGGACCAGUGGAUCUCUCAGUACCAGGCGGCGUUCGGGAGUCUGGAGGCCACGCAGCUCGCCAGCCUGCUGCAGGAGAUCAGCAGCCCCAUAGACCUCGGUCCGCCCAGCUACGUCCCCGCUACAGCGUUUCUGCAGAACGCAGGUCAGGCUCAUCUGAUCAGCCAGUGCGAGGCUCUGGAGGCGGAGGUGAGCGCUCUCCUGCAGCAGCGCCGCUCCAUACUGCGCGCCUGCCUCGAGCACCUGCACAGCUACGCCACCGUGGCCCUGCUGUACCCCCGCGCCGUCCUGCACCGCCACAGGGUCUACACCUGGAAGCAGUGGAUGGAGGAGCUGGUGUGUGACAUGACGGUGGAGCACUGCCAGGCCGUCUAUCACCAUUACGAGAUGCAGUUUGCCCCCCAGCCGCCGGCCGCCACGUGUCAGUUCCUGUCGAGUGUGGAGAUGGCGCUGCAGCACCACGCGGCGGAGACGAACACGCGCCUCCUGCGUCAGGUGGAGAGGCUGAAGGCGGAGGGAGCGAGCGUGCCCGUGUGUGAGGAGCAGCUGCAGGAGAUCGAGCGCUGCAUCAAGGUCUUCCUUCACGAGGACGCCGAGCUCGCCUCCUUCAGCCUGGCCGGGAUCAUCAUCUCCGCCCUCUGCACUCUUACCAGGCGAAACCUGGUGAUGGAGGGCGCGGCGGCGAGCGCAGGAGAGCAGCUGGUGGAGCUGACGUCCCGGGAUGGAGCCUGGUUUCUGGAGGAGCUCUGCAGCAUGAGUGGAAAUGUCACGUGUCUGGUGCAGCUGCUGAAAGAGUGCCAGCUGCAGUCCCACGACCUGGACGUCCUCAGCCCCGAGGACACCUCGCAGGCCGUCUACCUGGCCAACGGAGUCUACACCUGCCUACAGGAGCUGAACACCAACUUCCGUCAGAUCAUCUUCCCCGAGGCUCUGCGCUGCAUGCUGAAGGGAGAGAGCACUCUGGAGAGCAUGCUGUCCGAGCUGGACUCUCUGAUAGAGCAGUGUGCAGACGGCGUGUCCCUGCAGGGCCUGGGGGAGGCGCUGCAGGCUCACCUCCGCAACACCGCCAUGGGGCUGGACGAGGACGCCGACGCACACUACCUCGAGGUCACCAGGGUUCUGCGUGUGCAGUACUCGGAGCUGAUUCAGCCUCGGAACAUGGAGGGCUCCGUACAGGACACGCCUAAAAUGAGCGCGGGGCAGAUGCUGCUGGUGGCCUUCGAUGGGAUGUUCGCUCAGCUGGAGAGCGCUUUCGGGCUCCUGAUUGAUAAGUUGAACUCCAUGGAUGUUCCUGCUGCUUGGAGGAAGGUGGAUGUGAUCUGGGAGGCUCGGGCCACGCAGGUGCAUUUCUUUGACAGCGUGCAGACGCGGCAGGUCCUGGAGGAAAUCUUCUUCCUCAAGAGGCUCCAAACGAUCCGUGACUUCUUCCGGCUGUGUGCCUCGUUCGCUCAGACGCUAUCAGGCACCUGCCCUUCUCCCGCUGACGACCCCCCGCCGUCUAACGGCCCCGUCACGUUAGUGAAGCCCAUAUACCGCGGCUCCACGGUGGUCAGCGAGGACCAGAUGACGCGGCCCAUCAAAGCGUUCACGGCAGACUUUGUGAGGCAGAUGCUGAUGGGUCUGCCCACUCAGGCUCUGGGCCUGGCUCUCUGCAGCGCCCUCAGUGCUCUCGGCACAGACCUCAUCGCUCAGGUCGAGGCUAAAGACUUCGGCGCCGAGGGGAAGGUGUCUCUGGACGACCUGUGUAAGAAGGCGGUGGAGCAGGGCGUCCAGGCGGGACGGAUCUCCCAGCUGCUGCUGAACAGAGCCACGGUGCUGGCCAGCUCCUACGACACGGCGUGGAAGAAACUGGACCUGGUGCGCCGUCUGGAGCUCAGCAUAGACGCCUGCAAGGUCAGCCUGCAGAGGGCGCAGCUGCACAUCGCCAUGUUCCAGUGGCAGCACGAGGACGUUCUCGGGACUCGCUCUCAGCCCAUGACGGUCAGCCCUCCGCCUCGCUCCAUCAUCCUCAGCAACAUGAAGAAGAAGCUGUACAAGCUCAGCCAGGACGACGCGGCCAUCGCCAGCGUUCAGGAGAAACUGGCGUCGCUCGAGGGCAGCAUUGAGCAGCGGUUGAAGUGGGCGGGCGGAGCAAACCCGGCUCUGGCGCCCGUGCUGCAGGACUUUGAGAGCACCAUCACUGAGCGGCGUGCCCUAGUGGUGAAGGAGAGUCAGCGCGCCACUCAGGUCACCUUCCUCUGCAGCACCGUGCUCAACUUCGAGGGCCUUCGCACGCGCACCCCCGAGGCCCUGAGCAUGGACGCCGCUCUGUUCGACCUGGUGAAGCGCUGCCAGGCCACGUGCUCCUACGCCGCCCAGUUCAGCACCUCCGUCUCCUCUCUGGAGCUGCAGCUUCUCCACAGACUGAGUCCCGUGAUGGAGCUGUCUAUCGGCGCCCCCGAGUGGUUGGCGUGCGCUCAGAAGCACCUGUCUCAGGAGAUGGCGAGUCAGAGGGCGGUGCAGGAGGAACGCGAGCAGCAGCUGGACUCGGUCACUGAAACCCUGCAGCUGCUGGUGGACACCAUUAAAGGCACCCUGUCCAAUCACAACCGCCUACUGGCUGACGUCAAGCACCUGCUGCGCGCCAUGGCCAAGGAUGAGGAAAGCGCUCUUGCAGACGGAGAGGAAGUGAUGUAUGAGGGCAGUGUGCGUCAGUUCCUGUGCGAGUACAAGGCGUGGCAGGAUAACGUGCAGAUCGUGCUGUUCACGGUGGUGCAGGCGACGGGGCAGCCGCGCAGCGUGGAGCAGGUGGAGCUGCUGCAGAUUCCCUCCACCCUCAAGGAGCUCAAAGGACAGAGCCAGAGCGUGUAUAACGGCCUGGUUGGAUUUGCGUCUCCCCUCGUCACUGACAAAGGAAGUGACUGUGCAAGCCCCACGUCAACCGUGCAGACGAGCUUCGCCGCCGCGGUGCGAUGCAGUGGCGUGAAGACGCAGCCUGACAGCAUGUCUCAGAACGCUCGCAAAGCCCUUCCUCGCAACCUGGGGACCCCGGCAGACACCCCGCCCAGCACCCUGCUCAUCGCCAACAAAAGCCUGGCCCCGAGCCCCAAACGCACCGUCAGGGACCCGAAAACCGGCAGAGCUGUGCAAGAGAGAAACUCGUACGCUGUGAGUGUUUGGAAGAGAGUGAAGGCGAAGCUGGAAGGGCGGGACGUGGAUCCGAACCGGAGAAUGAGCGUCACCGAGCAGGUGGAUUACGUCAUCAAGGAAGCCACGAACCUGGACAACCUGGCGCAGCUGUACGAAGGCUGGACGGCGUGGGUGUGAACGGGGAUUUCCGCGUCGGUUCACUUCGGUUCCAGCGAGGGUUAGAAAUCCACCAGAAUCCACCGGGUCUGGGGCUUCGGAGCCACAGAGCUGCAUGCGGGCAAAAAAAACGGGGGUUUGGGGGGGGCGUCGAGGCCCUCCCGUGCGCCCACACGGGACCUCCCCCCCUCCCGUAGCACAGCAGCAGAUCCAGCUAACACCAACGACACGAUUCUCGGGUUUGCAUCCGUCUCCCCGUAAACGUGCAAGGGGAGGGGGGAAUACUGAGGACAGGGGAGGGGGGGUGUGGGGGGGGUGAGGAUGAGGAGGAUGAGGAUGAGGCUCUUCCAGCUUUAACAACCCCCUCCCCCCAAACCAACCCCUGCUUCAUCAGCGAUAAUAACGCCACGUCUGUCAGCUAUCGAUAACGAAGCUUGUGUUUUAGAGCAGGAGGCUCGUUGAGCGACACGCCUCUGGACUUCACUCGGGAGACGGGGGGCCGCGCUCCUCCCACCAUCCUCUGGCCUCUGUUUUUGGAUGGCUUUAGCGAGGGCGAGGUUGGGGCAGACGAGGCCGGCGUACACCGGGGCAGGUGCGCGAGGCUUUAAAGGGGGACUCCAUUCAAAGCCAGACGGCCGUUGGCGGACCUGCGAGUUCUUUAAAUCUUUAAAAAUCUUUAAAAAUCUUUAAAUCAAGACUGUUUUUUUUCCCCCUUUCUCUUUUUUGUCGGAUGUUUAUUCCAAAAAUUACUUUACACACCUCAACUCCCUUCAGUGGAGAUUAGUUUAAUAUUAAAAAAAACAAAAAAAAAACUGUUUUGGGGGAAAAUUGAAUUCUUAUGUUAGUGCUGGGUGUGAAGACAUGACGUGCAUCAGGCUGGUAAAUGUUUCUUUGAUCGAUUGAUGAGAUUUAGAAAAGUUUAAGCAUUUAUUAAAGCCCAAAUUCGAAUCUGAUAAUCUGUUCUAAAACUUGUUUUCAGAAAUGCUGCCUUUUUUUUUUGUUUGUUUUUGUUUGUUUCUUCUUUCUCUUUAGUAUGCAUCUGUACGAUUUGUUGUGUAUUUGUAGGUAGUUGGUAUUUUUCUCCCUCUCCCUUCUUCAGUAGCUGUUUAAAUUAGCGUUAGCACCUUCUUUCGGCUUGCCUGUGAAAGUGUGUCAUUGCUAAUAAAUAUUCCCCACUUUGCUUGCGUUUUACUGAUCUUGAUCUAGUUUUACAUUUUUAGUGGGGGGUGUUAAGUGGAUUAGUGCUGUGGUGAUGGUAGAAAUGUUGUCUCUUAAUGAUUUUACUCCUUCAUUUGACAAAUAAAUCUGGAUUUCAACUGUUAA